UCUUUAGUGCUACCAUGGUUCUUGUUUUAAUUUGGUGUUCCUGUAAUGCUUGAUCAUAUGCUACCGUGAUUUGAGUUAUGUAAUGGUGGUUGAACCUACGUAAAUUGGUAGGCAUGAUGGAUAUGGAACAUGUGAUUGCCUAUUUUCCAAUACAAAUUCUGAAGAAUUUUCAAUUAUAGGAAUUAAAUUAUUAAAAACAACAACAACAAGUGUGCUGUUCAUUACAGUGCACACGGUAUUAAAAACAAAACGUGCGCGAUGAACCAGCUCACAUGCUUUAACUGGGUUUGGCACGGGUGGAGUUCACCGAUACCAUGCUCUUUAGCCAUGCCGUAAUGCUCCAUUUUAAAGAAAAGAAACGCAGGGGUUAAUUAAGUCGGGCUCUGUUCCUCCGCGUACAUGAGCUGCAGGUGUGGUGCCUACAACUUGUAUCAUAGUAGCAAGGAGAAAAAUCGAUCUCCACAAAAAGUUUGUCGUUCGAGAGUUCGCACGUUUUGAGACAUGACGACCGUCUCACUUAUUGUCAUGCUGUUCAACUCGCCCUUCGUCCUCACCACCCUCGCCUUCCUCCUCUUCACCCUCCUCGUCUCCAAGACGCGCAGCAAGGUUGCUGCCCGGAGAACGUUGCCUCCGUCGCCGCCCAGCCUGCCAGUCUUCGGCCACCUUCGUCUACUCGGGAGCCUGCCGCACAGGAGUCUCCGGUCACUGGCCGCGUCUUACGGCCCGGUCAUGUACCUACGCCUCGGGCGCGUGCCCACCGUCGUGGCGUGCUCCGCGGCCGCCGCGGAGGAGGCCAUGAAGACCCGCGACCUGGCCUUCGCCAGCCGCCCCAAGCUCUUCAUGGUCGACCGGUUCUACUACGGCACCGGCGGCAUCGGCUUCGCGCCGUACGGCGAGCACUGGCGCCAGGCCCGCCGCGUCUGCGUGACCCACAUGCUUAACCCGCACCGCCUCCUGUCCUUCAGACGCGUCCGGGGGCAGGAGGUCGCCGCCCUCGUCGACCGGGUCCGCCGCGCCGGCACCGUUGUGAACCUGAGCGACAACCUCAUCGUCUACUCAUUCACCGCCAUCUCUCGCGCCACGUUUGGCGACGCGGACUACGGGAUCGACGGCGAGGAGGGGGGAGCGAGGCUGAGGAAGGUGUUCGCCGAGAUCGAGGAGCUUCUCGGCACGGUCCCCAUGGGGGAGAAGGUGCCAUGGCUGCGGUGGGUCGACGUCGUGACGGGACUGGAGCGGAAGGCGAGGCGCGCGUUCGAGGAGAUGGAUGGACUGCUCGAGCGGGUCAUCACGGACCAUCGCCAAAGGCGUGGCGCCGGGGACGGCGACCAGCGUGACUUCGUGGACGUGCUCUUAGCCGCCAAGGAGCUCGACACGAACGGCAUCAAGGCCAUCAUCCUGGACAUGCUUGCCGCCGCCACGGAUUCAACGUUCACGUUGCUGGAAUGGGCCAUGGCGGAGCUCAUCAACCACCCGCAAGAAAUGCGCAAGCUCCAGGACGAGGUCCGCACGGCCGUUGGCGACGCCGGCCACGUCACCGAGGACCAUCUGCCGGAUCUGCGCUACCUGAAGGCCGUCGUCAAGGAGACCCUCCGGCUCCACCCUCCCACGCCGCUGCUCCUGCCCCGGGAGACGGUCGAGGACACCCAGCUGCUCGGCUACCACGUCCCGGCAGGCACGCGGGUGCUGAUCCACGCCUGGGCCAUCGGCCGUGAUCCGGCGACGUGGGGCGACCGCGCCGAGGAGUUCGUGCCCGAGAGGUUCUUGGAGUACACCCAUGAGGUGGGGCAAGACUUCGCGUUCUUGCCCUUCGGCGCCGGGAGGAGAGGUUGCCCCGGGGUCAGGUUCGCCAUGCCGUCCAAUGAGCUGGCCCUAGCGAGCCUGGUGUACCACUUCGACUGGGAGCUAGCCGGCGGGAGGAAGCCGCCCGUGGACAUGACCGAGCUGCACGGGCUCUCCGUGCGCCUGAAGACGCCUCUGCUUCUGGUUGCUAAACCGUGGUCAGGCCGUGGUGUCGAAUGAGAGAAAAGCGUCUCUACAUGCUUCUUCUUCUAAGUAGUACGAGCUAGCUCAGAGCUCGGAUGAUCAUUAUCGACCAAGUCUAGUAAUGUAGUACCAAGAUUCCCAAUGUUAUUUGAGAUGCGUGUUGACAAAUUUAAGAAGUUAUUUUCAUGUAUUGUUCACUUGUUAAUUUCCUUACCCGUAUUUGUUGAGCAGUAACUUCAAACUGGGACAUGGCCUAUCAGUAUCUUUUUUUUGGCACUCUGUGUGUACGCGUUUAUAGCACCACUAAUGGCAAAUUGAAAUAACAUUCUCAAAAAAAAAAAGUCAGACAUGAUAUGAAGCUAUACGGUGGUAUUGCAAAG